AUGCCAGCUGGGCCUUCAUCUCGUCAGCAGUCCCUACUAUCAUCCUCCUCUUCGAACAACCGCUCAGUCCCAGCUCAGGGUCAACCGCAACUGCCUCUGUGGAAGUCAGCGACCGAUGAAGAUGGUCCUGCCGACGAAGAAUUGUUUGCAAUGGACGCUGGACCAAGCGACUACUGGAAAUGGUCUCCCUCUCCCGCCUCCGCACAAGAAUUGGCUCCUAUAAAUUGGCGUAUGCCUUCUGCUCAACCUUUCGACGUUGAUACGGUGGAAGAUGGUCCGAGUGAUCAAUUUGGCAUACCACCCUUUCGGCAGCAGAUUUCUGGAAGUAACACUCCAUCCGAAACACCGAGAUAUGAGCGAAGGCUGCAUGAUGUACUGAACGACUUCACGGCCUCACCCAGAACACCCAGCCCUCCAUCUCCUUUCCCUAAUCAUGACUAUAGCAGGACUUUCCAAGAUAUCAUAGGAGAAAAGGUUCGGGAACUUGAUGGCAGCUCCUUGGGAGACGAGGAGUUUGGAAGGUUGAAUGACUCUGCUGGCUUGGACAAGGAUUCUGACCGCACCCCAUCUAUAAUAUCGAACAACCUGAAAAAGAAGUCGUUCCUACCCUCACCGAGCCCUAACAAGCGAGCUUCCUUCAUACAUCCUUCCAUAUCUCGUUUACGUUCGCAUAUGCGUACAACGUCGAAUUCCACCCAACACACCACGCAACCACCUCAGCUAUCUCACCUGCGUACAGCUAGUCAUUUCUCGCAGAUAUCAGAAACAAAAUCUGAAACCUUUUCAGUCGACAGCAACCCCUCACAGCAACAGCCAGAAAUAUCAUCCAAGAAUCCGGCUUUUGCUUUCCAUCCGCUGCGGCGACUAUCUGUCAAUCUAUUCUCGCGGGAAGAGACACCCGCAGUGGUGGAUGUCAGAGGGAUGAUUGCCGUCGGAACGGAUAGAGGGACAGUGCUGGUGUACGGCUUUGAUCAGAAUCUGAAAUACAUCUUACCCAACGAAGGAAGCGUCGCUCUUACCCUUCCCCAGGUCCUAUCUGGUCGCCGAGAGGGGCAUCUGCAGAAUAGUCGCAUCCUACACAUCGGAUUCGUUGGAGCUCGGCAUACCUCCAUCGUCAGUGGGGAUGAGCAUGGUCGGGCGUUCUGGUGGAGUCUUGGGAAAGUCAUCGGUGUUGAGAGCAACGACGUUGUUCGGAUGCUUGGCAGCUACCCUGAUCCCGAGAAGCCACCAAAGAAACCCACGACGCUGUUUGCCGCUUUACCAUUACCACUUUCUGAUCAGCUGCGUCCCGUCGGCUCUUUAAACCUGUCGGCUUUAUUGACUCCUGCUAAAUUGGUCAUUGUCGGAUUGAAACCGACCCCAAAAACUUGGUAUCGUAAGAUGAGGGAUAAUCUCGGUGGGGAAUACGGAGGAUCAAUCGGUUGCGCUGUUUGGUCCCCAUUAGCAAAAGAACCCAUUCUGGCAUACGCUUGGGGACGAUUAAUUCGGUUGUUAUACAUUCAUGGUAAAGAUCCAGAGUUUGAGGAGGGAAAGACCUUUGAGGCUAGUGAACCAGUCCGGGCUAUGCAGUGGUAUGACGAUAACCAUAUUCUGGUCAUAUCCUCCAGUCAACUUCUCCUCUUGAGUACGAACACUAUGACGCCCGUAGAGACGACGCUACUGCAAACCCGACUCCUCACUUCUCAAGAUUCUUUCUCCCAUAUGGCGAAAUCGUCCUCUUUCAGACCUCUCGAGUCCCUUGCUGGCAGUGUGAAAUGCUAUCGGGAGAAACUGUUUCUACUUGUAAGUCCGAACUUACGCAGUACGUCGCUGACAGGUCAGACCAAAACCACUCUUCAAGUCGGUACGCUUCAGCACUGGAACGAUAGGAUCCUCUCCCAUGUUCAGCAAGGCGAUUUCAUCGGUGCCAUUCAGACGGCCUUGGCGUACUACGAAAAUCGGGCUACAGGCAAUACGAUAAAUCUUCCAGAAGAUAUCGAUACCCGCAAAGAGGUCAUUGCGAAGCGUUUGCAUGAGCUACUGCUUGCGUCUCUGCGAUGGGCAUUCUCACCUGAUCGUCUCACCGAGAACACCCAUCUCGGACAGGGUAUCGACUUAACCAGUCUCUUCGAAGGCCUUGCUGCCGCUUCAAUAGAAGCGUGCCUUUCUAUGCAAGAUCUCAACUUUCUUUUCGACGAAGCCUACGAACACUUUGCGCAAGCUGGCAUCCAAGGGAUCUUUCUUGAUCGACUGGAACCCCAUAUCCUUUCCGGACGCAUUCGCCAGAUCCCACCCAGCGUCUUUCAAGCGCUCAUCAAGUCCCACGAGGACAAAAAUCAGCUCGAUAAAGCAGAAGCAAUCAUCUGGAAUGUGGAUCCAACCUCUCUCGACAUCAAUCAUGCAACAACAAUGUGCGAGGCUCAUGGUCUCUGGGAUGCAAUGAUUUAUGUUUACACCCGAGCGCUGCAAGAUUACGUAGCUCCUCUGGUCAAAUUGAUCAAUGUGGUCCGAGACAUCCAACAAGAUCGUUUAAACCGGCCCUCUCUCGUUGGGGAUAACGCCGAACAUCUCGAACAAUGGGCGCCUAAUGCAUACAAGCUAUACGCUUAUGUAGAGUCAGUGCUGUCGGGUCUAUCAUACCCAAGUGGAGAACCACUUCCGGAGAACCAGGCUCAUACGGCUCGUACGGACGUUUAUUCCUUCAUUUUUGCCGGUCGAACAAUCUCUUGGCCACCUUCAACCGAUCUUAUUCUCACCGGUGAUGGCCCUGAACCACCAUAUCCUUAUCUCAACCUGCUACUGCGCUUCGACACCGAAGCGUUCCUUCACUCCAUGGAUAUCGCAUUCGAGGAUUCGUAUCUGAAUGACACCUCUGGCGCCAUGAACCGUCAAUCCAUCGUCAACCUCAUGCUCGAUGUCAUGGAUCCGGAAUAUUUCCACCCAGGAGAUAUCACAUUUCUGCACAUCUUCGUCGCCCGUAAUCUACCAAAGUACCCCCAAUUCCUUUUCAUCCCUCCAUCAACGCUCCAUCGUAUCUUGGUCAGUCUCGCAAGCGAUCCGGAUCAGAGCACCCGCGAAGAUAGACAGCUUGCUGCCGAAUAUCUGCUCUCCGCCUACACGCCUCACGAUUCCGAUGCGAUGUUAGAGCUUUUUGAUCAAGCAGGUUUUUAUAGAAUUCUGCGGACAUCCUACCGACAGCAGCACAAAUGGGGCAAGCUCAUCUCGACUCUGCUCAGAGAUCCAGAAUCUGAUGAUCAAGUCUUUGCCGAUCUCGACGAUAUCAUAACCUUGGCUUCGGCGUCCGAAGAAGUCUUCGAAGCCGUCUCUGAAGCUCUACCUCAUUUAUUGGCAAUUGGUGUCCGACAGACAGCCACAUUACUCGAUCGAGACCUGCCUUCUGGCCAUUCUAGCGCCAUUGAGGUGUUGUCGUCCGCUCCACACAAGCAGAUGGCGUAUUUGCGCUGUCUUCUUGAACCCGAGACUGAGACUCCUUCGGAUCAUGUCGAUCCACCUCUUCGACAUCUUUACAUUUCACUUCUUUGUCAAAAUGAUCCCGAUCACCUGAUUCCUUUCCUUGAUUCUCAAGAACCUAAUUACUUUGAUAUCUCCCAGCUUGCUGCCGAAUGUAACUCUCGACAGAUCUAUGAAGGACAAUUAUGGGCACUAGAUCGCUUGGGCAAGACCGAAGAAACGUUCGACAUGGUCGGAAAUAUUCUUCGUGAUCUAGGUUUAGACCUCGGAGAAGCAAUACUAUCUGAUGAUCUAGGGACGAUUCACAUGGCGAUCUCCAACAUUCAAUCAGUCUCACGAAUGGCCACACGUCUGUGCCGGGAGCAUUCCUCCUCUCGAAUAAUUACUGGAGAAGUCGAAGAUAUGUGGUUGGGAGUGCUGCAUGCGAUCAUUGAGCUGGUACAUUCAGUCUCAGCUUUACGACCCGUGCAAGAUACCACCUCCGCCAAUGCCGCAGUCGCGGCUCUUCGAAGCACCGUGCAAGAGACCCUUGCUUCGCUCGUAAACUCCUCAUCACCCUCGCUCUCUUUUCCUCGACUCUUCAAAAAGCUAGUCGAUGCAUCUACUACCGGGACCAACACAGGCGGUCAGAAGGGGCGCACGUAUGCCGAAUUCCGUACGAUCCUCACUGGUAUGCUCGACUCCUAUCGUGCAGAAGGUGAGAUGCUCAGUAUGACCACUCGGCUUGUUGAAACGGAUUUGUUCGAGAUUUUGGCAAUUCUGAAAACGAAAAGAGAAAGUGGGUGGACGUUAGUCUCGUCCGCUUGUGGGGCUUGCGGGGAAACGUUCGAUGGAGAAGAAAUGGUCGUUCGGGCAAAUGGAGCUGGGUUACAUCGGACGUGUGUAGAUAAAUAG